GUCACGGCGUAGAGCAGGAGAGAAGCCGCGGCUGCGACAUAUCUGUCUUUUUCCAGUCCAAUGUUCCAUCGAGCAGACACAACCACGUGCAUGUACUAGCAGUUUAGUUACACGUCUUUACACAUCGAGUUUCCAGUGUUUCAUUGAAACACGCAACAGCAGUAAUCAUGGUGAAGUUAGCAAAGGCAGCAACUCAAGCUCAAAAGAAAAAGGCUCCCCCACCUAAACAGGUGGAGGAAGAAGAGGACUCUAGCGAGGAGGACAGCAGUGAAGAGGAAGAGGCUCCUCCAGCGAAGGUUGCAAAGAAAGCAACUCCAGCAAAAGCUACAAAAGCUGUCAAGAAUGGUGUGACUGCUAAGAAGGCUGAAAGUGAUGAAGACGACGAUUCAGAAGAGUCAUCUGAGGAAGAGGCGCCACCACCUAAAAAGACACCUGCAAAAGCUACACCCGCAAAGGCAAAAACACCAGCUAAGGCAGCCAAAGCCAAGGAGUCAGAUGAUGAUGAAGAUGACGACGAUGAGUCUGAAGAAGAGGCACCACCUCCCAAGAAAGCAGCCAAGGCAGCUGCAAAGCCUGCCAAGGGUCCUGCCAAGCCCGUAGUGAAGACCCAAUCUGCAAAGGAGUCUUCUGAUGAAGAGGAUUCUGAGGAGGAGGCUCCACCCCCUAAGAAGGCUACUCCUGCUAAGCCUGCAGCAAAGGCACCAGCCAAGGCUGCUGCUGCUGAAGAGUCCUCUGAUGAUGAAGACUCAGAAGAAGAGGCCCCACCACCCAAGAAGACCCCAGCAGCCAAACAAUCAGCAAAACCAGCAGCUAAAGCACAGCCUGCUGAAGAGUCGUCUGAGGAAGAUGAUGACGAAGAUGACUCAGAGGAAGAGAUGGAUACCACUCCAGCUCCUGCAGCCACAAAGGCAAAGAAAGCCGGCAUGGUCAAAGCAAAGGAGGAGUCAGAGGAUGAUGAUGAGGACGAUGAUGAGGACGACGAAGAAGAUGAGGAGGAAGAAGAGGAAGCCCCAGUAAAACCUGCAAAGAGAAAAGCAGAAGGCAAGAAGGAGACCCCACCUGCUAAGAAAGUAAAGUCAGAUGGUGAAGGGCUCAGUUUAUUUGUUGGAAAUUUGAACUGCAACAAAGAUUUUGAAGAGAUCAAAGAUGGGCUGAGAAAGUUCUUCUCAAAAAACGACAUCGAGGUCACUGACGUCCGGCUUGGAAUGUCAAAGAGAUUUGGCUAUGUAGACUUUGCAAAUGAGGAAGAUCUCAACAAAGCGCUGGAGCUCAACGGCAAGAAAUUCAUGGGUCAGGAGGUGAAGCUGGAUAAAGCUCGCAGCAAAGAGAGUUCACAAGAGGGCAAGAAAGAGAGAGAUGCCCGGACAUUGUUUGUUAAAAACCUUCCUUACUCUGCAACAAUCGAUGACCUGAAAGAGCUGUUUGAAAGUGCAGUUGAUGUUCGAUUACCACAAGGCCAAACUGGUUCAAACAGAGGCAUUGCCUACAUUGAGUUCAAAACUGAGGCUGAAGCAGAGAAGAUGUUGGAGGAAGCACAGGGAGCUGAGCUGCAGGGGAGAUCCAUCAUUGUUGACUAUGUUGGAGACAAGAGCCAAAAAGGAGCAAGGCCAUCUGCAGGUGGCGCUACUAGCAAAACAUUGGUGGUGAAUAAUCUCUCCUUCAGUGCCACAGAGGACGUGCUGCAGUCCACUUUUGAGAAGGCCGUCUCUGUAAGGAUUCCUCAAAGAGACGGUCGGCCUAAAGGAUUUGCUUUUGUAGAAUUUGAAAAUGCAGAGGAUGCCAAGGAAGCUUUGGAAAACCUCAACCACACAGAAAUAGAAGGUCGCUCAGUGCGACUGGAGUUCAGCCAGAACAGCGGUGGAAGAGAUGGAGGUAGAGGAAACUCAGGUCCAACAAAAACUCUUUUUGUCAAGGGUCUUUCCGAAGACACAACAGAUCAGUCUCUUAAGGACUCCUUUGAGGGGUCUGUGGGAGCCAGAAUAGUUACAGACAGAGACACCGGCGCAUCAAAAGGUUUUGGUUUCGUGGACUUUGAUAAUGAGAGUGAUUGCAAGGCAGCAAAGGAGGCCAUGGAGGAUGGUGAAAUAGAUGGCAGCAAAGUGACUCUGGACUACGCCAAGCCAAAGGGUGAAGGCGGCUUCCGUGGAGGCAGAGGUGGCGGCGGCGGAGGAGGACGAGGAGGUUUCCGUGGAGGCCGUGGUGGGGGAUUCGGUGGGUUCGGUGGUCGCGGUGGCGGCAGAGGAGGAGGAAGGGGUGGACGCGGCGGACGUGGAGGUUUUGGAGGUGGAAGAGGAGGCGGUGGAUUUGGAGCAAAACCCCAGGGGAAGAAAAUCAAGUUUGAUGACUAAAUCUUUGGUCUAUUUUUUAUGUUUUUCAAUGGACUCUGGCUUCAUCAGUUUUCAGAGCCUUUGGACAUUCCAGAAAAUGUCAUAGUUAUAUUUAACUGUAAAGGGGCAUUUUAAGCCCUUUCUAGACCUCCCUCACCUACUCUACCCUCCUGUGCCAGAAUGGUACUUCAGACCUUUUCAGCUUAUGUGCUAUGUGUGAGAACUGAAUGUCCCAAAUGCAGACCCGCACCUCUUUUCCUCCUAAGGUUUUUCAGAAGGAGUAAAAUGGAAUAUCUGAAAACCAAGUUUGUUUAACAAAAAGCUUGUUUUGUCAGAUAUAUUGUGUAAAUUUAAACAGUUUGUAUGUUUUCAUUUUACCUUUUUGUAAAAAAGAAUUUACACUUGUAUCCAUUUUUAUUUUGUCUUAGUUUUCAUUAGUUAAGUUUUACUGUGAAAUGAUUUGUAUUUUCAUGGUUCGCCGAGUAUCUGUCAUGGUUCUAUGAUGGUGAUAAGUAAGUCGCGGAUCCAAGGGCACUGUGUAACAAAACGUGUAUUGAUUAAUUUUUUCUCCAUCUCAAAACUUGAUGAAAUAAAACCUCAUAGGGCAGACUUUUUAAUGUCGUCAGAAUUAAA